GCAAAAUACGCCUUUUUAUUUUCUUCUUUGUCUGUCGGUCUGUAUGCUUUCGUAAUUUAUCGUCUGUAAGCAGUGGUAUGAGUGCUGUCAAUGUGUGUUUUAACUCUUGAAGAGUUUUAUUUAAUGUUUCUUCUUCUGAAUAAACAUAAAAAUGUCGGGAUCAAUUAACACAUUAGAAAGAAUGACAAAAUCUGGUGAGGUGAAAGAAAGUUUUUUGCUUUCUGGGAAAACAGAAGGCAUUGAAAGUUCACUUGGAGAUAAUGAGUCUUGGGAUUCUGUAUACAAACCAACCACUGUCACUCUGAAAUAUGAAAGUCAUCCUGGAAUGGGAAAAUAUGUAAAUUCUUUAAAACACCUGUUGCCUGUUAGAGUAAAAACGGGGCCAGGAAGUUAUAUGCCUGUUGACAUGACUGGAUGCUAUGCUUUUGCUUUUUUCUCGUGGUUGACUCCAUUAGUUUGGCGUACAUUUCGAAGAGGAUUGACUGAGAGUGAUCUUUAUCAUUGUUCACCUUUAGACAGCUGUCAAGUUAAUGGUGCCAGGUUUUCACAAAUUUGGUCAAAAGAAAUUAAAAAUAAGGGAUUACAAAAAGCAUCACUUUCCUGUUCACUUUUUCGCUUUAUGCGCACUCGUUACCUUGUGGCAUGUUUUAUGUACAUUCUUUGUGUGGCAUUUGGUUUCAUCGGCCCAACUGUAUUCAUGAGACUUCUCUUGGAAUAUAUUCAAAAACCAACUGAUGAAGAAUUAAUUGGUAUCACUUGGAUGAUUUGUCUUAUCUUCUCUGAAGCAAUACGCAUUACAUUUUUUUCUCUCUUGUGGGCCAUAAAUAUUCGAACUGCAAUCAGAGCUUCAUCAGCCAUCUCAGCUUUAUUGUAUAAGAAAAUCACAAGUUUACGUUCCAUUUCUCAUUCUUCAUCUGGUGAGCUUGUCAACUUAUUUUCAAAUGACUGCAGAAAAGUUUUUACGAUGGUAUAUAAUUUCCCAUUAAUCAUUGAUGGCCCACUUGUCAUUAUUGGAGCUAUAAUUUUUACUUGGUGGCUGUUGGGACCCUUUGUUUUGGGAGUGGCUGUAUUUUUAUUGACUUAUGCUCUUCAGUUUAUUAUAUCCUAUGUGUCUGCUCGCUAUCAGAAAAAAACAGUCAAAGCUACUGAUGAAAGGGUGUCAUUGAUGUCUGAGUUUUUAUCAAAUGUGAAAAUUGUAAAAUUCCAUGCAUGGGAGAAACAUCUCAUGGAAAAUGUUCGAGCUGCUAGAGCAAAGGAAAGGAGCCUUUUGCAAAAAGUUCAAUAUCUUCAUACAGUAAAUUCUUCUGUUUCAUCACUGUCUGCUGUAAUAGCUACAAUAUUUACAAUUUUGGCAUAUACUCUGUUUGGUUAUGAUAUUACUCCAGCCGAGGCUUUUACUUUAGUAAUGGUUAAUACAAUUGCGAGUCAUGGAAUUCGUACUUUACCUAUGAUCAUAAGGAAUAUUGUCAAUGGUAUGGUAGCAAUUUCAAGAUUGCAGGUUCUUCUUCAGCUUGAAGAAAAAGAAAAUUAUACUGUUGUUCCUAAUCGUUUAGACAUUGCUAUCAAUGUAUCAAAUGCAACUUUAACUUGGGAGCAAAUGAUCCCAAAUAUUUCUCAGCAAGGUUUGAAGUCUGAAAAAGGAGAAGUAAAUUUAAUAAUUGCAGAAAAUGAAAAAAAUGUCCCAGAAGAAAUCUCUCCCAAAACAGCAUUAGUAUCAACACUGCAGUCUGAAACUGGUCUGCCACCUGUUUUAACUGACAUCAGUUUCUCACUUCUGAAAGGAAAAUUAAUUGGUGUUUGUGGACCUUAUGGAAGUGGGAAAUCUUCAUUGAUUUCUGCUCUUCUUGGUCAAAUGUGUCUUAUAAAAGGUCAGAUUGCAGUAAGUGGUUCUAUAGCAUAUGCAGCCCAACAACCAUGGAUUCUAAAUGCAACUCUAAGGGAAAAUAUUUUAUUUGGACAGUUGUUUAGUUCUAAAAGAUAUUAUGAAGCAGUUUAUUGUUGUGGACUUCAUGAUGAUAUACCUACAUUACCUGGUGGAGAUCAAACUGAGUUGAGCGAACAAGGGAUAAAUUUAAGUGGUGGCCAGAAACAAAGGAUUAGCCUUGCUAGAGCACUGUAUGCUGACAAAGAUUUAUAUUUGUUAGAUGAUCCUUUGUCUGCUGUCGAUAGCCAGGUUGGACGUCACAUAUUUCAGCACUGUAUUAAAGGAGCUCUGAAAGAUAAAAGUAUCUUGCUUGUUACACAUCAGUUGCAGUAUUUAGAAGAAUGUGAUAGCAUAAUAUACAUGAGAGAUGGUACUAUUGUUGAACAAGGCACUCACGAUGAACUGAUGAAAAAGGACUCUGAAUAUGCAUCAUUAAUUCGAUUGCUGCCAAGUAAUGAAAAAUUAAAACAAGAUACUACAAAUUUUAAUGAUAAUAAUGAAACUUACAUUCCUUCACAUGAUUAUAAAAAGUCUUCAGUCUUAAGCUCUGCAACUGAUUUAUAUGGCUCUGAAGCUGCCAAGAAGAAAGCAGGUCAGCUGUCAACAGAAGAGAAAACAGAAACUGGUUCCAUAUCAUACAACACAUACGUAGGUUAUAUAGAAGCUGCAGGAGGUUUCAUAGUGUGUGCUUUGGUGUUAGUUUGGUUUUUAAUACAGUCUGCCACUGCUGCAUUUAGUAAAUACUGGUUAAGUGUCUGGUUGUCUGAAGGAGAUGGGAAUCAUACAUUUGAAUCUGUUCCUGAGCUAGAAGCAGUAGCAGAUAAGCAGGGAUAUAAAUUACCAAGCAUUACUGACCACCCAGACAUAGAAUUCUUUCAACUAGUUUAUGGUUUGUCAGUUGCUGCAAUGUUGGUAGCCAGCUUAAUCCUUGGAUAUCUCUUUACUAAAACCUCAUUACGUGCAUCUAGCAGUUUACAUGAUAAGAUGCUCCAGAAAGUAUUUCACAGUCCAAUGCAUUUCUUUGAUACAACUCCAACUGGACGAAUUCUUAAUGUAUUCACUCAUGACACUGAUGAAGUUGACACAAAUAUGCCAAUAAUAAUGGUAUCGUUGCUCCAAAAGAUUUCUGCAUUACUAUUUGCUCUGCUGAUAGUCAUGGUUGUUUACUACUGGUUUGUGAUUCCUCUGUUAUUACUGGGUGUGUUAUUCUUUUUUCUACAAAAGAUGUUUAAAGUUACCAUGCGUGACUUAAAAAGGUUUGAAAACAUAUCAAGAUCACCAAUCUUCAGCCAUGUUAGGGCAACUGUGCAAGGUUUAUCUACCAUUAGAGCUUUUCAGAAGCGAGAUGACUUUUUUGAUAGAUUUACACAGUUGGUGGACCAGCACACUUCACCCUUUUACUUGUAUUAUUGUUCUAUGCGAUGGCUUGGAAUUCGAAUGGACUUUCUGUGCCUUCUUAUAGCUUUAAUAACUUCCGUAUUUGUUAUAUUUUUUAGAGAUAAUGUGAAUCCAGCAUUUUCAGCUCUGGCUCUUGUUCUGGUCUUGCAGUUAAAUAGUACAUACCAAGUCAUUGUGAAACAUGGGUGUGAUUUGGAAGCAAGAUUCACAUCUGUGGAACGCAUUCAGACAUAUGCUGAAGAACUUGAUGUGGAAGCUGCUCCUGUAAUCGAAAAAACAAGACCUUCCCCUGACUGGCCCACUCGAGGACGAAUUACUUUUAAUGAUGUAAAAAUGCGUUACAGACCUAGUCUACCUUUGGCUCUUAAUGGUUUAACAUUCAGCAUUGAACCUCAAGAAAAAAUUGGUAUAGUAGGCAAAACAGGCUCUGGGAAAUCUUCAUUAGGAGCUGCCUUAUUUAGAGUAGUAGAAUUAACAUCAGGUAGCAUUGUUAUUGAUGGAAUCAAUAUUGAUGAAUUAGGAUUGGAGGAUUUACGUUCAAGAAUGUCUGCCAUACCUCAGGAUCCAAUUCUGUUUCAAGGAACUGUUAGGUACAACCUUGAUCCUUUGAAUGAAUUUGAAGAUGAAAUAUUGUGGAAAGUUCUUUCAGAAGUAGAUAUGAAAUCAAAAAUUUCUUCAUUAGAAGGUGGGUUGGAAGCAUAUAUUGUAGAAGGAGGAAAUAAUUUUUCUGUUGGAGAGAAACAGUUGCUGUGCAUGGCUAGAGCCCUUCUGCAUCAGAGCAAGGUUGUUCUCCUUGAUGAAGCUACUGCUUCUCUUGAUAGCGAAACAGACAAAAUAAUCCAAAAAGUUUUACGAGAAGUUUUUUCUAACUCAACAGUUUUAAUUAUUGCACAUAGACUCACAACUGUGGCAAACUGUGAUCGAGUAAUGGUGCUGUCUGAAGGGAAAGUUGUUGAAUUUGACCAACCAACUCUUCUAUUGGCUAAUCCUAAAAGUCAUUUCUCUCAAUUGAUGGCUACGUCACGUUCUUCCAUAAACCUAUAAGUUUUAUGUGAAACAGUUUUAUCAUAAAAGCAUAUAUUUUUAUAACAAGAGACUUUUAAGAAUUUUUUUGAUGUAAUUGUGAUUCAAGGGAAGAAAUUUGUCUUUCUACUGAGUAAUCAUACUGAAUAUGUUGAGUAUAUUAUAAAUAUUUUUGAUAAGAUUUGUUUACUGUCAUGUUAUAAAAUAAUGUUAUAUUUUGUAUUUUAAAGCAAAGUCCUGUUACAGAAUAAAAAUAUAGCAUAACUUUUAUACUCAGUAAUUUUAACUUUGAAUAUUUCAAUAAUAAAUUGCAUUGUGCAGUUGUAGUUUUUAUAAAGCUUAGAAUUGUUAUUCUUUGUAUACUUCUCUCGCUUUCCCUAUCCAUUUUUUUAACUUAUAAAACUAAAUUCAACUUAAAUUUACUGUUCACAAUAGAAUACCUUUGACUUCAAAUUACUUUUAUAUUGGUUGUAAUAAACAUAUUUUCAUUUCUGUUAAGCAUAUCUAUUAAUACAUUUUUUCCCUAUGGUACUUUCUUCUUAAGAAUUCAAAUUUUAAUUGGAUAUAAGGUGAUAUUUGUUUUUUUUGUGCUGUAUUUGUUGUACAUGUUCUGUAUUUUCACAGGGAAUCAUCACUAUUAAUUUUAUUAUCUGUUUUAAAUGUACAUUUCUUAUCAUCAUGGAAAUUAUGUGUAAAAUUUCAUUUAACAUAUUCGAAUAUGAAAUUUACAUCAUUUAAAUUUAAAGAAAAGCAUAACUUGCCAAGGGAAAGACAGUUCUUCAAAAUUCAUGAAUUUAUUCAUACAAAUAUUUUUCUAGUCUUUAUCUUUGUUGAAUAUACUUCUCUAUUCAAAUAAUUUUUUGUGAGUAUAUAUAAGAAAAGACUUUUGUUUAUUUGUGUAGUGACGUUUAAAACUAUCUUUUAAAUGUUAGUGCAUAUUUAUUUGUGCAUUGUUGUUAAAAAUGUUGUAAGGGAGAUAAACUGUUAUGUUGUUUUUAUACUUAAGAUAGUUAGUAAUGCAGCAAAUUUAUCUUUAAAUUAUUUAAAUCCCAAUUCUGAACUAUGUAUUCUAUUAUUGGCAUGUUAUCAUUAUUAUGAAAAACCUUAUUUCCAAAGUAGCAGUCCUAAGUAUGACAAAACACUCUUUAUAUAUAUGAGAAGCUGCAUAUUAAUCAGUAACUUUAGUUUAUAGUUUUAUACUGUGGAAUAAUUUAAUAUCAUAAUACCCUGAAAUACCACUUUGGGGGUAUGAUAUUAAAUUAUACAUUAUAAAAUAAUGUAAAAUAACUUUAAUAUAUUGUUUUAUACUGUAGAAAAUACAUAAUGAAGUCUAGGGAUUUUAUUAUGUAUUUGCAGAUUUUAAUUGAAGCUUAAUUAUUGGUUACUUUUUAUGCAUUUAAAGUCUAUGAAAGUAAGGAGGAGAGAAAGAUGUCUGAUAUACUUUGCUGACUUUCUGCAUAGUUCCUUGAUAUGUCUUUUUUUCGUAUGAACCAUAAUCAUAUUCUCAUCUGUAACUUUUGUUUUUGAAUUCUUUGUUUUCAGCAAUCAUGCAAAGUAAUGUUUUGAAAUUUGAUUUCCUUUUUGCAACCUUUUUAGAAACGUAAAGGAGAAUAUAAAGGUAUAUGUUGUGCUGUUGAGAAAUACAGUAAGUGAUAUGUGUUGCAGGGCUUUGAUGAUAUUGAUAUGAUUUUAAAUUAUUACAAACAGGGUUACUUUAAGAGCAUUUAUGUACAUGUGGCAGGUGCUUUUUGGAUUUUGCUGUUUUUAAAAAGAAAUAGUUGUAAUAAAUUCUUUUCUUGUAAUUUAACUUCUGAGUAAAUGCAAACAUUGCUUUAUUUUUCAUAGUGUCCAUAAUACUUUUUUUUAUUUUUAAACAAAUGUUGCAUAAAAUAUUUCUUUUUGUAUUUUUUUUUUUUUUUUCAGUAUAAUCUGCUAACUUUAUUUACAUAAAAUUUUAUAUAAUGGGAAAGGUUGUUUCAGUUUUGUAGACUAAGCUUUAUUUAAACUUAUUAUUACAGUAUUUCUAUUUUGACCUCUGACUUUCUUUAACUUUUACCAUUUCCUCUCCCCCAUCCCCCCUCCUCAUUAUAUUAUGGUUAUUGGAAGCAUGUUUGUAUGGAAAUGGUCAAAUGUUAUUUCAUGCUCUUUUAAUUUAGAAUGUAUUUAGUAAACAGUAUUGUCAGUAAUUGUUUUUAACUCUUGUCACAUCAUUAUUGAGGGGGGGUAUAAUUUAAAUAAAUUAUAAUUCCAUUGUAUAUGUGUAUAAGAUCAUUUAUAAGUGUUUUUGGAUUGGUAAAUGUUCUGACCUUAGAUGCCAUACUAUUUUAACUUGUUUUAUAGCAUAAAUAAUAUAUUUUAAUAUAUUGUAGAUAAUUUUUUCAUGUCUGUUUGUGCUUAUGGACAUGUUUUAAUGUGAUAAAUGUAUUUUGUUACCAUUCAUGCAAUAUUCCAUCUCUUUUAUUUUUUUGAAAUAUAUACAUCCUAUUAGAUAAAUAUUUUAAUAAGGAAUAAUGAAUGACAUAUUUUAAUUCAUGAACAUUUGUUUUAAAUUAUGUAAUUAGAGAAUUUUAAUUGUAGAAAUGGUGCUAUUUUAACCAGUGCUUGUAUUAAUUAUUUAUUUUUUAAUAUAUAUAAUUUAUAUUUAUUAUAUAUGUUUAUGAUAUAUAUUUUUAUCAUUGAUUUGUUUGAAAGACAGUUUUUGAAAUUCACUCAUUUAAGAGAUAAAAACUAAAGCUUCUGAAAUGUAUUGUAAGGUCUCUUUUCAUCCUGUUAUUGAUUAAUGUGUGUAAUAUAAAUUAUUCUUUUAGAAUAAAAAGAAUGACUUUCAACUUCACUGUGCCUGUUCUGAAGGAAAUUAAGAAAACAAUUUCUUCAAAAAUUUGAAAUCUGAAAUUGAAUAACAAAAUUUAGACUUGAAAUUGAUAUAAGUUUUUUCAUAGCUCAAAUUUUUUUCUCACUCUCCUUAAAUUUGUCUUAUCAAUUGAUUUUGCAUAUCAGUCGUUGCUGAUAUGCAAAAUCGAAAUGAAUAUUGUAAUUAAAGCUUGUCAAAGUGAAUCUGAUAAUUUUGUUCUUCAAGAAGAGUCCAGCAUUUCAAGUCAGUAGAGUAAUAAUAUAGAUGUCCUAUUUUUAUACAAUACUGUAGGACCUACAUGUUUUAAAAUAAUUUAACUAAUAAGUGUGAAAUGUGAGUUUAUAUACAAACAUUCUUGCAUUGCAGAUAAAAUUCUAUAUUGUCUAUUCUUAUAUCAAGAAGUUAUGUACUUUUUUGAUUAAAAAUGAUGAAGUAAUGGAGA